AAGUGAUGUGUUGUUUAGAUGAAUGUUGCUACAUGUGUUGUGGCUACGACCUAUGGUCAUGUGUAUAUCGAGUGCCCAAUGGGGGAACCUAUUCCAUUUUAAGAGUACCUGAAGUAGACCCACAAUCAAGGAGAGGCAUAGUGCUAAGGUGGAUGAUUAACUGAGGCUUUUCAGUGUUUUCUACAACAAUGUAUGCCAGAACUAGAGAGGAACAAAGUUGAUGCUGCUAAGUUUACUCCUUUUUGGAAUGAGAUUAUAAGGAAUUUGAGGGAAGAAGACUACAUUAAUAGUUUGGAAAUGGAGUUGCCUUUAAUGCCUAAAAAUUCAGGGAUAAUAGACAAUAUUCCCUUGGUUCAAUGACCUCUGUUCCUUCUAGCAAGCAAGGUUGCUAUCAGAAAUUAUAAUACUUGUUUUGUUUCUAUGCUAGUUAAAUAUGCACAUAUUGUUAUUUCUCUUCCUGGUAUGUAUGUCUUUUUCCUCUUGCACAGAUAUUUCUUGCUAAAGAUACUGCUAUUGAGGGUAAAGAGCCCAGACUUUCGCAAGAGGAGCUAUGUGUUAUAUCUCAGCUCCGAGUGUAACGGUAUUAAGCUCGGAUUUAAGGAACAAGCUCCUUCUUUUGCUGGAUGGGUUAAUAGUCGAUUAUCAGAAGCUAGACACAAUGAUAAUGGGCGGGCACCUCAUUCAGCUUGGAGAAAUUAUGAUGAUUUCAACGAGUACUUUUGGUCACUUAAUUGCUUUGAACUUAGUUGGCCAUGGAGAAUAACUUCACCCUUCUUUCUGAAGCCGACACCAAGAUCAAAGGUCUGAUGCAUUCGUGUUCGCAUUCAUAUUAUGUUUAAGUGAGUUUUCUUUAUAAGGAUAUAUUAAAUCAUGAUAGCUGAGUGCAGGUUUAGUGAUAUACUGAUAUUUCCACAAACGGUCUGUUGUUCCUCACCUUUAACCGCACCUUUUGGCCCUAAACAAUGUUAGUUAACAAAUCAGCCUCCAAAUUAAUGGGUCAUUUUUUAUCCAAGCACUUUUCUUUCUAGUCCUUGUUAAAGUUCUCGACAUCUAAAUUUGUAUCUAUAUUUUUGGUUAAUCUUAGAUAUAAUGACAUAAAAGAAAGUAAAAAUAGAACUUUGUACAAGAUUUUCAUUUGGCUCAAGAUGGCAACUCCAUGGAUUCAGAAUUAAGGCUUGGUUAGUUGGUUGGAUGUUAUCAUACUUUAUUUUAUAGAAUAUUUUAAUUUUCGGACCUUUCAAAAAAAAUUAUUAGUUACUUUAUUUUCUAUAGUUAUAAUGAAUAUGUACCUACCCACAAUUCCCUCUCCUCGGAACAAAUUCAAACCACACACUUUUUUCUUUUUCAACAACUUUCUUAAAUUCUUUGAAGUCAAACUCUCGAGAAUUCUAUGGGACGGAUGGAGUAUAUUAAUAUCUUUGUAAUUUAGAGAUUUCAAAUUUAGCUCUUGUAUGCAAUAUUAUAUCUGGAUCUGGUUUGGGGUUUUUUUGCUGCAGACAAUGUAAUUUUCCACCAUCACAAAAUGGUGUUUAAGUUUGACUUUUUGGGUCCAAUAUUACAAAUUUUGGUUCUGAUUUGAGGAAAACUUAAAUAUUUUUCUAACGUAAUUUAAAGAAGUGAUGUGUUGUUUAGAUGAAUGUUGUUACAUGUGUUGUGGCUACGACCUAUGGUCAUGUGUAUAUCGAGUGCCCAAUGGGGGAACCUAUUCCAUUUUAAGAGUACCUGAAGUAGACCCACAAUCAAGGAGAGGCAUAGUGCUAAGGUGGAUGAUUAACUGAGGCUUUUCGGUGUUUUCUACAACAAUGUAUGCCAGUAAGUUUGCUCUUCCCUCUAGAGUGAUUGUGAUACUUAUAUUCAUGUGAUCAUGUCUUAAGGGACAUAAAAUAGGCACCAUGGA